GACAAUGAAUACUGAUGAAUUUGUAUAUCGCUUGUGGAUCAACUCUCGGUAUCCGGAAACUUUCUCUGAUGUCAAUUACGUAUACGACGAUCGAUGGUGCCAUUGGAGAAAAAUUGGAUAAGAUGUUUGGAGUAAAACCAAGUUUUGUAAGAGUAAAUCCUGGUCAAUGCAUACUACCUCCCAAGUACAUUCUUUAUGGUUCAAAAAUUCGGGAUAUGACAGUUUAUGAAGAUGACAUAUGGUUGGUGUCAUAUCCUCGUACAGGUAGUCAUUGGGCACAGGAAAUGAUUUGGUGUAUCGGAAAUGAUCUUGAUUAUGAAAAAUCACGAACCCUUUUGGUAUUACGUAAUCCACUUCUCGAAGCCUCAGCCGUUAUGAUAACUGGUGACUUUGUGGAUUGGUUUGCUAAACUUGGAAAUUCUGUGGAAAAUGUUGAGAAUGCACCGCGUCCUCGAUAUGUUAAAACACACUUGCCAUGGGGUUUAUUACCUACUCAAAUGCAUGAGAAAAAGCCUAAGGUUAUAUACAUAACUCGAAAUCCAAAGGAUACGUGCGUGAGUUUUUAUCAUUAUUGUCGGACAUUUCAUAAUAUCGAUGAAAGCUUUGAAGAGUUUGCCGAGCUUUUUUUGAAAGAUAGUGCGCCAAUGGGACCUUUUUGGAAUCAUGUGCUACAGUUUUGGAACAAUAGGCACCAGGAGAAUAUCUUGUUCCUAACGUAUGAAGAAAUGAAGAAGGAUCAAGCUGCAGUUAUUAAAAGAACGGCUAAAUUUCUUAAUAAGUUAAUUACUGAGGAGCAAGUCAGCGAACUUUGCGAACAUUUAAGAUUCUCCAACAUGGCGGCAAAUCCCGCCAUAAACAUGGAGUUAUUAUUGCAGCAAAAAGGAAUAUCUCAAAAAGAUCCUGACAUGAAAUUUAUUAGAAAAGGUAAAGUAGGUGAUUGGCGAAAUUAUAUGUCAGAUGAAUUGGCUCGGAAAUUUGAUGAAUGGACGGAAAAAAAUGUAAGAGGAACAGACUUUAAGUUUCACGUUGACAUCCCUAGUGACGAGGAAUGAAUCGUGAUCCCGUAAAAAUUUUAGUUUUAUAAAUAUUAAUGUAUUCUUAAAAAUAUUGAAACAAUAUGGCAUAAUAUAGAGGUAUAAA